AUGAAAUUCUCAGGUAAAAUUGAGUCAUCUAAGUUAGGUUGUAAUACAUGUGUAGAAGGAAAAUUUGUAAACAGCAGGAGUAGGAUUCCUGAUGCAAGAUCUCAAAAAUCAUUGGAGAAAGCGCAUGUGGAUUUGGCAGGUCCAGUUUCUCCUGUAUCAAGAGAGGGGUUUAAGUACUGCAUAGCUUUUACUGAUGAUUUCUCAGGAGCAGUAUUUGUUUACUUUCUGAAAUGUAAAAGUGACACCUUUGUAGCAACAGAGAAAUUUCUAGCAGACAUCACUCCUCAUGGCAAGGUAAGUUGCAUCCGUUCUGACAAUGGCUCAGAAUUUACAGGUAAGGCGUUUCAAAUACUACUAAGGGAGCGUGGCAUAAAACAUGAAACUUCUGCUCCCUACUCGCCACACCAGAAUGGCACCGCCGAAAGGCACUGGCGCACAUUGUUCGAAAUGGGCAGAUGUCUUCUUCUUCAAUCAGGGUUACCCAAAACUCUCUGGCCCUAUGCAAUUCCAACCGCAGCUCACAUUAGGAAUAGAUGUUUUAAUAAGAGAACAAAGACAACACCCUACUUUAGCCUUACUGGGAAAGUACCUGAUCUUUCUAAAAUGUGGAUCUUUGGAUCUGAAUGUUUUGCUUACGAACAGGAGCAUAAGAAAUUAGACUCAAGAUGCAGCAAGGGGGUAUUUGUGGGAUACGACAAAAAUAGCCCUUCUUACCUAGUGUACUACCCAAAAAAUGGGAAAAUCAUGAAACAUCGACUCAUUAGAUUCAUCAAGAAAUGUAGGUAGAACAGCACACACAAACUGAUGAGUCCAGCAGGGAUUGUGAUGUACAUGAGAAAUCUGAUCAUGAUACUAGAUCAGACUUAGAUAGUAUGAGCCUCCCUGUUUUAAAUGCAAUGCCGCCAAAUACAGUGCCUGAUGAGGAGCCUAGGGAUAGUGAGGGAAGGCAUUGCAACCAUACUGAGAAUGACAGUGAGACAAAACGGUAUCCUCAAAGAGAAAGGAACCCUCCCAGAUACUUAGAAGAGGACACCUCCUCCCUAAGAAUGCCGAUUGUGCCCACAUUAGUGUAG